GCAGAUAUAUCGAUAACACAGGAACCGAGCUGUCCUGAUGUGUCUUUUCACCUGUGUUUACAGAGUGGUAAAGCUGGUCAGUUGGGAGAGCGAGCCACUCCAUGCGGACACGAGAUGUUACACACCGUGAGCGACUGGUUUUGGUGGGACCGAAUUUGGCUGCCGUGUAACUACACCUGGGAGGAUUUGGAGAACAGUGAAGGCAAUGGCGCCGUGUCCCCGUCCCAGCUUUACAUCACCAUCCCCCUGGCUGUACUCUUCAUGCUCCUCCGAUAUGCCUUCGAAAGGUUUGUUGCCACACCUGUGGCUCGAGCCAUGGGGAUAAAGAGUAAAGUCCGACUAAAAGCUCCUGGUAAUCCGGUCUUGGAAAGUUUCUACAUCUCGAGCUCUAAACACCCAUCUCAAACGGAGGUAUAUGGUUUGGCAAAGAAGAUCAAUCGCACUUCUGUUCAGGUGGAACGCUGGUUCCGGAAGCGACGAAAUCAGGAUCGACCAGCGGUGAUAAAAAAGUUCCAGGAAUCUUGCUGGAGGUUCACCUUUUACCUGUGUGCUCUGGUUGGAGGGAUUGCAGUCCUUUAUGACAAACCUUGGUUCCAUGAUGUAUGGGAAGUGUGGGUCGGUUACCCGAAACAGGAAGUGCUGUCCUCUCAGUACUGGUACUACGUCAUGGAGUUGAGCUUUUAUUGGUCACUGCUCUUCAGCGUUGCAUCGGACGUCCGAAGGAAGGAUUUUAACGUACAAAUUGUCCAUCACUUGGCCACCAUUUUCCUCCUGAACUUUUCCUGGAGUGUGAAGUAUAUCCGCAUGGGAACACUCACCCUGCUAGUGCACGAUGUCUCGGACAUUUUACUAGAGGCUGCCAAAAUGUGUAGUUACGCUGAGUGGAAGAAGUCAUGCAAUGCCCUGUUUCUAUUGUUUGCUGUGGUUUUUGUCAUCAGCCGGCUCAUCAUCUUCCCAUUUUGGAUUAUCUAUGCCACAGUGGUUUACCCCCUGUACUACUGUCCCACGUUCUUCCUCUAUUACUUUUUCAACAUGCUUAUGUUCGUGCUUCAGUUUCUCCACAUAUAUUGGGCCUACCUUAUCUUCAGGAUGGUCAAAAAAGUAAUGUCAGGAAACAUGUCUGGUGAUGACCGCAGCGAUAAAGAAGAAGACGACAGCGAAGGAACCAACGACCCACCAAUUACCAAUGGAGACGGCAAGCAGCAUAUUCUAAACGGCCAGCAUGAUCGUUAGUCCAUGGACCUGCCUAAAGCUACUUCCCCGAAAUACAUCCCCCCAGCAAGAGUUUAUAAAGACCUUAAUUGUACAUUGGCCUUCCAGCCGAACAUUUAGCAGGGGGCGGGGACAGAGGACCUUUGGCAGGAGCAGCACAGCUGACCAGAAGGUGCAUGGUCCUUUCCUCAGGGAUUGGCUGUGGUAUAAACCAGCUCCUCCCAAAUUUCUUAAUAUUUUCAAACUAAAAAGAAA